AUGGGCAUGGGGCCAUCCCCCGUCGCGGGCUCGGACGGCGCCUCCAAGGACUCUUCAAACACUAGAGCCUCUGCUCCCAAAGGCGGUCCGAAACAACCGUUGUCGAUCGAAACACUGCUUGCUCAACAAAAGGCUGAAAAGGAGGCGGCCAGUAAGCCGAAAUUUUUGUCGAAAGAGCAAAGAGCGGCGCUGGCGAUCGCCAAACGAGAACAGGAGGUUGCAGCAGAAAAGGCGCGACUAGCCGAAGCAGCUGCCAAGCGAGAAGAGCUGGAACGGAGUGCACGGGAGGCGAAGUACGGAUCGCACUCAUCACGCAGCGGCGGCCGGAAUGGAUCGUCUGACCACUCGUAUGGCUAUAACGACCGGAGAGGAUCGAGUUCAUCACGAGUCGCCAUGGAGGGUGUGCCCACUGCUCCGAAGGCACUCCGCGGAAAAACCUCGGUCGGUGGUGGCUCCUCUGGCCCUGGCCCUUCGUCUCUCCGCAAUUCCUACAAGCCAGACUCCACGACGAAUGGCUCCUCAUCAUCUACUACCGAAAACGCAUCCUCAUCCAUGCUACCUCCCACACACCCCGCAUCAUCAGUCACUCCCGACCAGAAUGGAAACAGCCAACUUCCAAGUACCGAGCCCAUGCUCGGCACCGCCCCUCCCCCGGUGCUCAACCAAAAGCUUCUCAUGGCCCGCUACUUAGGUCAGCCUGAUAACAAGAAACGGAGGAUCAGGAAGAUGUCGGACAAGAAAUUCGUGUUCGAUUGGGCGAAGGAUGAAGACACCGCAUUGGAGGAAGUCGAUCCGUUGUAUGCGGUCACCGUCCCCUCUGCCCCGCCACCUCUAUCAGGCCAUUCGUCUAGCCACCACGGUAGCAGCCAUAGCCGCGGCAGUGUGCCACCCCCAACGACGACAGCCGUCCAGCUGGUUGGAAGAUUUGGCCUCUAUGGGAAUGGGAAGCUCGCAGGAAUCGAUCCUGCGGCUCAGACCACCAAGUCCUCAGCACGGGAGCUCGCCCAGAGACGACUGGACCCAGAGGACGAAGUACUCACAUCGACACCGUGCGAGGCCGGCUCCAAACGCAGCUCGGCGGUUGUCAAUGAGCUCCAUUGGAGCCAGAAACCUCUCAAUGCCAUGCGCGAUCGAGACUGGCGGAUCUUCAGGGAAGACUUCUCGAUUGCGGCCCGAGGAGGAAACAUCCCGAACCCGAUGCGCUCCUGGGAAGAGUCCAAACUGCCGCUCCAGAUCUUGGAGAUUAUCGACGAAGUAGGCUAUAAGGAGCCCUCGCCGAUCCAACGACAAGCAAUCCCGUUGGGCUUGAACAAUCGCGAUUUGAUCGGGAUCGCUGAGACCGGUUCGGGUAAAACAGCCUCCUUCGUGAUCCCGAUGUUGACGUACAUCGGCAAACUCCCGCCGUUAACCGACGAAAACCGGCAUCUUGGACCGUAUGCACUGAUCCUAGCCCCCACGCGAGAAUUGGCGCAACAAAUCGAAGUGGAAACCAACAAGUUUGCGCUCCGUUUAGGGUACCGAUGUGUGUCGAUAGUGGGAGGGAAGGCGAUGGAAGAGCAAGCGUUGAACAUGCGAGAUGGGGCGGAGAUCAUCAUUGCGACGCCGGGUCGACUGAAGGAUUGUAUCGAGCGACACGUCUUGGUCUUGGGCCAAUGCACGUACGUCGUCAUGGAUGAGGCCGAUCGGAUGAUCAACCUCGGCUUCGAAGAGGUCGUCAACUUCAUCCUUGACCAGCUGCCCUUGAGCAACCUCAAGCCGGAUACAGAGGAGGCUGAGGAUUCGAGUAAGAUGACCAGCUUUGUGGGCGGGGUUGAAGGCUUUGAUCUGACGGGUGCCAAGGGACUGUACCGCCAAACGGUGAUGUUCUCAGCAACAAUGCCCCCAGCGGUGGAAAGACUAGCGAAGAAAUAUCUACGAAGACCUGCGGUAGUGACGAUCGGAGUAGCAGGGCAAGCGGUAGACACGGUAGACCAACAAGUGGAGUUCCUACCGACGGAGGACAAGAAGCGGGGCCGGUUGUUGGAGGUGUUGAACCAGGGCCACACGCCGCCGAUCAUCGUGUUUGUGAACCAGAAGAAGACCGCCGACCAGCUCGCCAAAGACAUCAGUCGCGCAGGCUGGUCCACGACCACCCUGCAUUCGGGCAAGAACCAGGAACAAAGAGAGGCCGCACUGGCCUCGCUUCGUGCUGGCGAAUCCGACAUCCUUGUUGCUACGGAUCUGGCGGGGCGUGGUAUCGACGUGCCGGAUGUCGGCUUGGUCGUCAACUUCCAAAUGGCAGGCACGAUCGAAGCAUAUGUCCACCGAAUAGGUCGGACUGGACGGGCGGGGAAAGUGGGCACAGCGAUCACCUUCCUGACCAACGACGAUGCGGAUGUGAUGUACGAUCUCAAGCAAGAGAUCAUGAAGAGUCCGGUCUCGAAGUGUCCGCCCGAGCUGGCCAAGCACGAGGCCGCCCAAUCCAAGAUGUCUGCGGCUAUGAAACGGCGCGCCGCCGACCUCGACGACGGCUGA